UCAUCUCAAGAAAUCUUGAGAGGGGAAACAGGAAACCUCCAACAACAUCAUCAUCAUCAUCGUAUUCACAGCAUAGAUCAGAUAACAGAAUCAAACCCAUCGCUGUUUUUAGUCUCACAAGAGACUACCAUAUUGAAGGUUUAAUGAAGAUUGGAGCAAGAACAGGCUAGAGAGGAGAGAACAAGCUGGUGACCACAUAUACACCUCUUUCUUUUUCUUUCUGUCAAGUCGCUGGUUCGAGUCUCUUGGCCAUUUCGCUGAUCACAAGGACUAAGGGUGGAUAAAAGUUCGAGUUUUGGCGAGUGAAAUGGAGCUCUUUCCAGCACAACCAGACUUGUCUCUUCAAAUCAGUCCACCCAACAGCAAACCCACGUCCAAACCAUGGAGAACAUCAUCAACAGCGACUGAUCAAGAUCACCAUGAUUUGGAUUUGGGAAAUUUGUGGAAAAGAGCCUUUAACUCCCAACAGCUACACCAACAACAACAACAGCAGCAGCAGCAGCAGCAGCACCAACAACAUGGUUCAACAAAAAGAUCAGAACCCUCUUUCGGGCUCUCCUUAUCGAACCAGACUCACUCGACGACUAAUUCUGACCUGACCCAUUUCCACAAUCUCCUCUCCCAAAACACCAACACGGCUACGAAUAUCUAUCCCUACCAACAUCACCAAAACCAUCAUCAGGGGUUUAGCUCAGAGCUAGGUUUUUUGAGACCUAUAAGAGGGAUUCCUGUUUAUUACCAGAAUACCCCUCCUAAUUUCCCGAUAUUGGCGCAUCCUCAUCAAAAGAAACAGCCUUUGUUAGAUUCCUGCACUAAUUCUACUAUUACCAGUUCUCUAAUUCAUGGCAAUAAUAUUAACAAUAUUGUGCGAUCAAGAUUCUUGUCCUCGAGGUUCCCGUCCAAGCGCAGCAUGAGAGCUCCAAGGAUGCGCUGGACUACCACCCUUCAUGCUCGCUUUGUUCAUGCUGUUGAGCUUUUGGGUGGUCACGAAAGAGCAACACCCAAGUCAGUUCUUGAGCUCAUGGAUGUGAAAGAUCUCACCUUAUCUCAUGUUAAAUCUCACUUGCAGAUGUAUCGAACGGUAAAGACAACUGACCGAGCACCAGCUUCUUCAGGGCAAUCUGAUAUUUACGAGAAUGGGUCAUCUGGCGAUAAUUCUGAUGAUAUCAUGUUUGACAUUCGUAACCCAAGAUCGACAGAGUUAUCAGCUGAACAUGGAGGAAGGUCUAGUGUUCCUCAGGAGAAAGAUUGUCAGUAUGGUCUAUGGAGCAAUUCUUCAAGGGAAGCUUGGUUGCAUGGAGAGCAUAGAGAUUCUGAAGGAAACAAACCAUUUCUUGAGAAGGAAAUGAAUUCAAAAGGUGUGAAUUAUGAGAGAUUGUCAGAAGUGAGUUCAUCAAGCCCCAAGAAGCCAAAUCUGGAGUUCACCUUGGGAAGGCCACAGUGACACAUGUGAUGAGAUAUACAUAUAUGUAUGUGUAUGUAUAUAUAUAUGGACUGUACUACUCAUUUUGAUAUAAUUGUGUUUUUGAAUGGGAGCUAGUGAAAGAGAAUCAGGUACCACUGCGAAAAUCAGGAGAGAAAAGAAAGUAAAGGAAAGAAAAGAAGGAAAAGAGAGCUAAAGAAAGACAAGGAGACAAGAAAGACAGAAAGCAACAAAAGGGUGGAGGGUUUGAAAAGCAUGUCCUUCCUAUCAAAUUUGUGAGAGAUUCAAUAUAUAUCGCCCUUUUUAAUAAUAUAUAGUUAACAUUUUCAUCAUAUAUAAUGUUUGUUCCUGGGUAAGAAGAAGAUA